GCCUCGUCUGAACGAGGUCGGAGACGCUGCUUCGUGCACUAGUAGGAAGUCCUGCUGUCAUUUUGACUUUUGUUGUGUUAUUCUGCAGUUCCCGGAGCCGGUGACCACAGGACGGACGCUGACAUCAUGCCGCCGAAGGGGAAGAAGCCCAAGGGGCAAGGUGGGAAGAAAACAGAUGGCACAUCCAAGCCUACAGAUAAGAAAAGCAGUGAAACAGCGGAGAAAAAACAUGGAGCUAGUGCAACAAGUGCAAGCACCAGUGCUGCAGCCGCUAGCAGUAGCAAGGUACCAACAUCACAAGAAAGGACUAUGAAACCAGCAGAUACUAAGCCAAAGCCCACACCAAAACCUGAACCAGCCAAAUCCACACAAACAACUGUGCCAAAGAGUACUACCACAACGUCAUCAACAGGAAAACCCAGCACAGAGAAGGUCCCGACCAAAAAAGAAGGAAAAGCGGUACCACGGAAGCAGAAAUCAGAUACCACAGUGACUUCAGGUGCUGUAGGUAAAGCGGCUGCGGCCUCUGUAGUUGCUACAAGUAAACCUAAAGAUGUGGUCAAAGAGGAAAAGAAAACUGUCAGUGUUGCUCAGAUUGCGACUGAACCAGCCACGGGAGACCAAGAUGCCUUGGACUUAUUAAUUGAUUCUCUGGGGGGUCCAGAAGAUGUGCCACAGUCUCCAAAAUUCACUGGUCCAGAGAUUGCUGACACCCCAGCCAUCUCAGAGUAUCUGGAAGAGCUGGGAAAGAGAGACAGCACGAUUCCGCCAGAAUACCGGCACCUUCUGGACGGUAAGGGAGAAAAACCAGCACCACCUCCUCCAAAGGAAGCCGAAAAGAGCUUGGGAGACGAUGAUCUUGUUGCAGCAUUUUCUUCUGAUUUUGUCACCUGUCAGUCACCACCCGAAGAGAAGAAACCUAAGCUUGAAGAGUUGCAGAAAAAAGCCGCAAAACCAACAUCAUCAGCUCCAGCUGCUCCCACGCAGCCCAGUGCUCCGGCCAUGUCUGACGAUGCUUUAGAUGAACUGCUGGGCACCCUGGAAAGCCCCCCUACAUCUGAACCAGAGUUACCCGAGGUUUAUGGCCCAGAAGUAACAGAAACCAUUACAUCCACUUACCGCGAGGAACUUGGUAAGAGGGAUCACACAAUCCCCCCAGCGUACAGACACUUGCUAGAUGGGAAGGACGACGGUAAACCUGUGCCACCUCCAGCUGAACAACCACCGCCAAUGAGCGACACCAGUUUAGUUGAUGAAUUCUCAAAGGAUUUUGAAAGCUGCAUCUCUCCCGCUGCCAAAACGGCUCCAGCUUUUCAACCUAAGGACGCUGCACAAGAUAAGCAAGCAAAGUCGGAUGUUGUAGUCCCAUCCACAGGGUCUUCAGUUCAGACCUCCACCGCACCCUCUGCAGGUAUGGAGAGUGCUUUAGAUGAAUUGAUGGGUACGUUGGAAGGCCCAGAGUUCAGUGUUCCAGAUUCCCCAGUGUACACAGGUCCAGAAGUGACGGAAACGAGCACAGCGACCUAUCUGGAAGAGCUUGGGAAGAGAGAAAGUUCCAUCCCCCCAGAAUACAGACAUCUGCUAGAUGGAAAAGAAGGUGGAAAGCCGGUACCCCCAGUCCCUGAAGAAAAGUCCAUGAGUGACAGUGAAUUGGUGGAUGCAUUUGAUAAGGAGUUUGGAUGUCCUGAACCCGCAGCUGCACAGCAGACUCCUCCUGUCAAACCUAAAGAUGCCCCUGAAGUAAAAAAGAAAGAAGCUGAUGUUGUAGUUGGCUCUUCCUCCUCCUCGGCUCUCCAAGCGCCAUCUGCCCCUUCUAAAACACCCGCAGGCAAAACCAAACCACUUGAUGCCACGUCAGGCAAAAGGAAAGAAGACCCGAAAGACAAAAAACCUGCUACAGAUAAAGUUAAGGACGCUGCAAAAGAUAAGCAAGCAAAGUCUGACGUUGUAGUCCCAUCAACAGCAUCAUCAGUUAAAGCAGCCACAGCGCCCUCUGCAGGUAUGGAGAGUGCUUUAGAUGAAUUGAUGGGUACGUUGGAAGGCCCAGAGUUCAGUGUUCCAGAUUCCCCAGUGUACACAGGUCCAGAAGUGACGGAAACGAGCACAGCGACCUAUCUUGAAGAGCUUGGGAAGAGAGAAAGUUCCAUCCCCCCAGAAUACAGACAUCUGCUAGAUGGAAAAGAAGGUGGAAAGCCGGUACCCCCAGUGCCUGAAGAAAAGUCCAUGAGUGACAGUGAAUUGGUGGAUGCAUUUGAUAAAGAGUUUGGAUGUCCUGAACCCGCAGCUGCACAGCAGACUCCUCCUGUCAAACCUAAAGAUGCCCCUGAAGUAAAAAAGAAAGAAGCUGAUGUUGUAGUUGGCUCUUCCUCCUCCUCGGCUCUCCAAGCUGCACCAUCCCCUUCUAAAACACCCGCAGGCAAAGACGACCCACUCGAUGCCCUGGCUGGCACAUUGGGCAAAAGAAAAGAAGACCCGAAAGACAAGAAACCUGUUGCAGAUAAAGUUAAGGAAAAAACUGGCAAGGAAAAUAAGGAAAAGCUUGGCGAGGAUGAAAAAACCAUACCUCCUGAUUACAAACUAAAGGAAGUUAAGGAUAAAGAUGGCAAGCCUCUUUUGCCAAAACCUGAGGAAAAAUCAAAGGCAAUGAGCGAGGAUGAACUGCUGGAUGCACUGACGGAAGGCUUUGACAUUGCUCCUGCACCCUCACAGUGUGCACCAGUACAGUCCUCUGCGAAGGCACCUGGAAAAUCGGAAGAAACAAUUUCCUGUUCUAAAGCAUCUGCGGUACAGUCAUCAGCAGCAAAACCCUCUGCCUCUAUCCCUGAUGAUGCCUUAGAUCUGCUGUCUGGUUCUCUGGGAGAAAGGCAGCCUGAUCCAGAUGAAAACAAGCCUGUAGUGGACGUAGUAAAGGAGAAAGCAAAAGAAGAGCAUAUUGAUAAGCUUGGAGAUAGAGAUGACACCAUCCCACCAGAGUAUAGACACUUGCUGGACGGUAAAGACCAGGGAAAACCUGCAAAACCAGAAGUUGUCAAACCAAAGAAAUCUGUGGAUGACGCUGCAGCGAUCGAUCUCCUCUCCAGUGGCUUUGCAUCAUGUGAAACCAGUUCAACUGACAAAAUGUUAAAUUCUUCAAAGGACAAGGUUCAGAAGAGUUCCUCUAGUACUCCAGUAUCUAAGGCAUCAGGGAAGGUUCCAGAGCCUUCAAAGGACAAGGUUGAGAAGAGUUCCUCAGUCCACAAAACACAGGCAUCAGGGAAGGUUCAAGAUUCUUCAAAGUCCUCAACUCAAAGCUCUUUGGAAAAGUCUAGUGCUCAGAAAACAAGCAAAAGUUAAAGCAUUGAUGCAGAUUAUAAAAGGACUGAUGCAAGCACAUGCCUUCCACACUGUACCUUUCCAUAGACCCUGUUCUGUUUAUGGAAGAGUUAUAAAUGAGUUAUUUUUUUCCUUCUAUGCAAAAUCUGUUUUUCGGUUCUUUGAGGGGCAAAGCUUCUAUAGUUGUAAUUAAAUGUCUGAUGUAAGUAAUACCACAAGGCCUGCAACCUUUGCACAUAUUUUCCACAUAAGAUGCGUGAGCUCGAGAACGUGUGAGGUUACAUAGAAACGUGUACAUGACGGCGAUGCUCGUAUUAUUUUAGUGAUGUUACAGCGGCUUCAUGUGGAUCAGUACAGUAUAGAUCCUAUCCUCUAUGUUUUUACAAGAACUGUGCCUUUUUACUCGCCAUUUCCCCGAUUCUUCAUGCACAUAAAAUAUAAUGGGGCUUCUCUGGCAUGGACAGGCCUUUACCAUUUUGCUUAUAUUAAAAUAUAUAUUUUUUCAGGAGAUGGUUGCACUGAUUCCCAAUAAAUUGAUUUGAUGUGGAUAGUACAAAGCCUGGUGCAGAGGAAUAGACUUUUCUACUGGAUGUGUCAGUAGAAGUGAUAUAAGGGCUGUUUUGCUUUAUAACUGUGGAACACUAUCAGAAAUAAAGUUUCAUGAAACUGGG